UAUCAGUUCCGUCCUCCACAUUAAUUUUCCCUUUCAGUACAAAGAACGAGUAACGAUCGCCCGGAGGGCCGUUUCAAUCUUUUCCGUCCUUAAUCCAAAUAAUCGAACGAAGUCCAUUCCAAUUUCGCUCCCAUUUUCUUCCAAUUCUUUCGAUUUUAUUACAACAAAAUCUCGCUCAAUCUUUUCCUCAUCAAAACCCUAGCUUCAGAUCUCGCCCACAAUGAUGUCGAGAUCCUACACCAACCUCCUCGACCUAGCGUCGGGGAACUUCCCGGCGAUCUCAGCCGGCGGCGGAGGAGGAGGAGGAGGAUUGCGCGCGAAGCGACUCUCCCGCGUGAUGACGGUCCCCGGAACCCUAACUGAGCUCGACGACGAGGAUUUCGCUAAUAGCGUCUCCUCCGAUGUCCCCUCCUCCGUGGCUCAAGAUCGGAUCAUCAUCGUAGCGAAUCAGUUACCCGUUAAGGCCAAGCGAAGAUCCGAUAACAGCGGCUGGAGCUUUUCUUGGGACGAGGACUCGCUUCUUCUCCAGUUGAAGGACGGGCUCCCCGAUGACAUGGAGGUCAUCUACGUCGGAUCCCUCCGGGUCGAGGUCGCCGGCGAGGAGCAGGAUGACGUGUCGCAGUCUCUUCUCGAAAUGUUCAAGUGCGUUCCCGCGUUCUUGCCCUCGGAUUUGCUCGAUAGGUUCUACCAUCGGUUCUGCAAGCAGCUCCUUUGGCCGCUGUUUCAUUACAUGCUGCCCUUCUCUGCUGAUCAUGGCGGGAGAUUCGAUCGGUCGCUCUGGGAGGCUUAUGUUUUGGCGAAUAAGUUGUUUUCGCAGAAGGUGAUCGAGGUGAUUAACCCCGAGGACGAUUAUGUUUGGAUCCAUGAUUAUCAUUUGAUGGCUCUGCCUACUUUUUUGAGGAGGAGGUUUAAUAGAUUGAGAAUGGGGUUCUUUCUCCAUAGCCCGUUUCCUUCGUCGGAGAUUUAUCGAUCUCUUCCGGUGAGAUUGGAGAUCUUGAAGGCUUUACUGAAUUGUGAUUUGAUUGGGUUUCAUACUUUUGAUUAUGCUAGGCAUUUCCUUUCUUGUUGUAGUAGGAUGUUGGGUAUUGAGUAUCAAUCGAAGAGAGGGUAUAUAGGAUUGGAGUAUUUUGGGAGGACUGUUGGGAUUAAGAUUAUGCCGGUGGGGAUUCACAUGGGUCAGAUUGAGACGAUGCUGGCAUUGCCCGACAAGGAAUGUAGGGUCAAGGAGCUUAAGCAACAGUUUAAUGGAAAGACUGUUCUUUUGGGUGUUGAUGAUAUGGAUAUCUUUAAAGGGAUCAAUUUGAAGUUGCUUGCUUUUGAGGAAUUGCUGAAAUCUCAUCCUAAAUGGCAAGGGAGGGCGGUUUUGGUUCAGAUUGCUAACCCGGCGAGGGGGAGGGGAAGGGAUCUUGAGGACAUACAGGCAGAGAUUGUCGAGAGCUGUAAGAGGAUCAAUGCUCAAUUUGGGAAUUCUGACUAUAGCCCGGUUGUGUUCAUUGAUAGGCCAGUAUCUCCAGCUGAGAGGAUUGCUUACUAUACUAUCGCUGAGUGUGUUGUGGUUACUCCUGUGAGGGAUGGAAUGAACCUGACUCCUUAUGAGUAUAUUGUGUGCCGACAUGGGGUUAGCGGGUCGGAAACGGGUUCAGAGGUUGCAGAACCGAGAAAGAGUAUGCUGGUUAUAUCGGAGUUUAUUGGCUGUUCUCCUUCUCUGAGUGGGGCAAUCCGCGUCAAUCCAUGGAACACUGAUGCUACAGCAGAGGCCCUGAAUGAGGCCAUUUCGAUGUCUGAAGCUGAGAAGCAGCUGAGGCACGAGAAGCAUUAUAAGUAUGUAAGCACACAUGAUGUGGCCUAUUGGGCUAAGAGCUUUCUAAUGGACCUGGAGAGGUGCUGCAAGGAUCAUUUCAGGAGGAGGUGUUGGGGGAUUGGGUUGGGAUUUGGUUUCAGAGUUGUGGCUCUUGAUCCAAAUUUCAGGAAGCUUAAUGUGGAUUCCAUUGUAUCGGCAUAUGAGAGGUCGAAGAGCAGGGCGAUAUUUUUGGAUUACGAUGGAACUGUGAUGCCACAGGCGGCUAUUGAUAAGAAACCAAGUGCAGAAGUUAUCUCAAUCAUCAAUACACUCUGUGGUGAUAAGAACAAUGUGGUAUUUAUCGUUAGCGGGAGGGGAAGGGAUAGCUUGGGGACAUGGUUUGCAUCAUGCAAAAAGCUUGGACUUGCAGCAGAACAUGGCUACUUUUUGAGGUGGAAUAAGGAUGAAGAAUGGGAGACCUGCAGCCAGGGAAAUAUCGACUUCAGAUGGAUGGACAUGGCUGAACCGGUUAUGAAACUGUAUACAGAGUCUACUGAUGGAUCAUAUAUGGAAGCUAAAGAAAGUGCCCUUGUAUGGCACCAUCAAGAUGCUGAUCCAGGGUUUGGAUCUGCACAGGCCAAAGAGAUGCUUGAGCAUCUGGAGAGUGUGCUUGCAAAUGAGCCAGCCUCAGUGAAGCCUGGCCAGUAUAUUGUAGAAGUGAAGCCUCAGGGGGUGAGCAAAGGCAUAGUAGCAGAGAAAAUUCUAUCAUCUCUAGUUGACAGCGGGAGGCAAGCAGACUUCGUUCUAUGCAUCGGAGACGACAGAUCAGAUGAGGACAUGUUCGAAGGCAUGGCUGGCAUCAAGAAGAAGGAGCUGGUGGCCUCUAACACCUCAGUAUUUGCUUGCACAGUAGGGCAAAAGCCAAGCAAAGCAAGAUAUUAUCUCGAUGAUCCCAGCGAUGUUAUCAGCAUGCUCGGAGCUCUUGCAGAUGUUACAGAUCCCUCUUCACCUACACCUGAGCCUUCGUCUCAGGUCUCUGAGAGUGAAACGAAUCCCCCUUCACCCUUAGAGAUUCGAGCAGAUGAGUCACCAUCACCCUCAUAGUCGAAAAGGUAUUGUGAUCUCUUGUUCGUUUAUCUUGUAAGCGAUGAAUCGUAGACUCAUCGCAUAGGGAUGCCUUGUUCAUACUACUAAUUGGGAGUGAUGAUGGCACAAGGAUUGAGAGUUUUUGAGCAGGGAAGAGCAUAUAAUGUUGCCUUGUUGACUGUUGAACUUGUGCAGUGGAGAAGCUCCCUAUUGCAGAUCACAAAGGUUUGAUGUUUCUAGCAACUGAUAGUUUAUUCAAAAUUUUCAUAAUUUGGGUCGUUUUGACUCAUUUCUUUUAGGAGUUACAUAUUUAAUUGAUUGGGGUAAAAUAAUUUGUCUGUCUAUGCCAUAAGUUGUUUUUUUACGAGGGUAUUUUGUAGCUUUUGCGAUCAGUGGAAAGUAGAUUAAGCAAGGGUUGACUCGGGAGGAUAAGUAAGUUUAAUUGUGUCUUAUUGCUACGCAAAGCUACAGGAUUUGCAGAGGACAAAAUGAUUGCGUCAGAUUCUUCAGGGUCAAUGAGCUUGUGAUGUACAGAUAUUUUUCUUUUGUUGUAUCUUUAGGAGGACUGUUUACUUUUCAAAAAAUUACUACUGUGAUUGUAAUUUGCGAAAGAUAAUAACAGUUUUAGUCCCUUUUAUUUUGUGUA